AAUAAAUUGCAACUCGCAGCGACACGGAGGGCCAGUAGCUGGGCGUUGGAUUAUUGCAACAAUUGUACUAUUAAACAACUGUUUCAUAUUAUCAACAUUUAACGGUAAUGUGUGAAUAUUUAUGAAGUUGUCGUCGAUGUGUUGAAAUAUCGGCACAAGUUUAAACUGGUGUAUUGUAUCGACAUACUUUAAUCUUUACAUUUUCCAUCUUGAAGGCAGUUUGGAUCAGCAGACGAUUCAUAAGCAUCUAUAUUACGGAGUAUUCCGAUUAUAGUCGAUGUAUCACGGUUGAACCGAUAGUUUAUAUCUGCACGAAUCAGUGAAUAAGUGCGCUUGUGCACGAAAACGAAAGUAAAAGCCAUAAGAGGUAUUGAUUAAGACUCCAAGAACAAUGGCUGGACUGUUGCCGGAUAUAUUCAUGGAUCAGCUGGAGUCCUGGAUUGGCACGGGCCCCAAGCUCUUCACCCUGCUGUACAAGAUAACCAGGGACGGAUGCAACCCUGCAACAUUUCACCAGAAGUGUGACAACCAGGGACCCACCGUUACUGUUCUGUACAACCAACAAGACUCGGUCUUUGGGGGAUAUGUCAGUUCGCACUGGAACAGUAAAAGCGCUUGGAUUCAAGAUGCGAACGCCUUCCUGUUUCAACUUAAGUAUUCAGGAUCUAAUAAGUAUACGAAGUUUCCUAUUAAAGUUAGCACGAAUACGUUGUUCGGAGGUCCAUCCUUUGGACCUCAUUUUGGUGCAGGAAACGAUCUCAGUACAUUCCAAAACACAGUUACCAGCUCAGGUGGCUAUUUCGCUUUAAAUGGUCAAAUGAAAUUUAGUAGUUACAACAACCAAGGUCUAUCUUCUGAUCAAGUCAACAAUGGCAACAUGAACGUCACUGAUCUAGAGGUUUACAGUGUUACAGAUGGGCAGCGGAAGAAGACUCCAACACCACCACUACAACCUUGGAGAAAAACUCCUGAUUGGAAUGAAAAGUUUCUUGAAAAGCUUACCGAGGACAUCGUAUCGUUCAAACCAUCCGGGGAGUUGAGACUGUCAGAUGUACGUAUCCUAAUGCUGGGUCCAGUGGGGACAGGCAAGUCCAGCUUCUACAACACCAUCAACUCGGUGUUCAAGGGUCGUAUCUCUCAAAGGGCUCCUUGUGGGGUCGCACCACAAGGCAUUACUAUUGCGUAUACUCCGUUCGACGUGAAAUUGUGUUCUGGAUCCACGUUGAAUUUCCGGCUGUGUGACACACGUGGCAUACAGCUUACUCAAGAAUUUGACAUGGUGGAGUGUAACUACUUGCUGGAAGGGAACAUUCCAGAGUUUUACGAAUUUAACCCACUCGCUCCAAUCAGCCCAGACAAUCCCGGAUUUGUUCAACAGCCAAAGCUUUCAGAAAAGAUUCAUUGCGUUCUUUUUGUGAUCGACGUUGAAACUGUCAACGACAUUCCAUCGGAAUUGGUAAAAAAGAUCAACAGUUUCCAACGAAUCGUGAAUCGCAAAGGAAUUCCACAAGCCGUCCUUCUAACCAAAGUUGACCUGGUCUGUCUUGAAGUUGCCAGUAAAAUAUCCAACGUGUUCACCAGCAAGAAAAUUGAGGCCGCGGUGGACAAGGUGUCCGGCCUUCUCGGGUUGCCUAGAAACAACAUACUUCCGGUGAAGAAUUACGAGAAUGAGAUGCAGCUGGAUGACAACAUCAGCAUCCUGGCGUUGCUGGCACUGCGUCAACUACUUCACUUUACAGAAGAUUACAUUGAGAACCUUCAGGUGAAGACGAGCGCGCUCAAACUGUCUUCUCAGAGGCUUGCAAAAAGUGAUAACUCAGAGAAAAGCAGCGACUUUGUAAAAGAAUAACUAGCGACAAAUAGUAACCUUUCAAAAUAAUGCAUGCUUGCUUACGCGUCUGUAGGUUGAACACGUUAUAUAUUGAACGAAUGCCUUUACACUAUACUGCUUUAAUUAUAUAACCAACACUUGAAAAAGCUGACGAUGCACGGAAAUAAUUAUGUCUUUUUGUUUGUGUCGAAACUGUGACAGUUUAAAUAGCGCAAUAGCAAUUGAAAUUUACUAUAGGAAACAGUGUCCAUUUGAAAAGCGCAAUAACAAUUGCUAUUGUACGGCUGGUCACAGCGAAUAUUUUAAUAGCACAAUAACUUUUGUAGUGCAGAAAACGUACUGUGUCCAUGUUAAUAGCGCAAAAGCAAUAGCUAUUGUAUUGAAAGAAACAGUGACCAUUUUAAGAGUGAAGUAGCAAAAGGUAUUGUAUUAUAAAACUUUGAAUAUGAAAUAUAUUUAAUAUGGAACUUGUCCCGAAAAACAAAUGUAUAAAUAUUAUCAACACAUUAAGAGGAAGGUAUAAACUUUAAAUAUAGAUGAACAUUUGUUGAGCCACCUUACUUGAGAAAUGUGUAUACAGACUGGGCACUAUACGUUCCUCACACAUCUGAUGUUAGAUGGGGAUAAAUAAAAAGCGUUAUACUGAAUAA